UGAUAUUAAACCUUACUUUUUUGAUAUUGAAGCCUUUGAAAUUUGCAUCAUAAGAUUUAUAUUUAAAGUAAACCUCAUGAUCCCAAAUUUCACAUCUGUUGCCCUCACUUCUUUUGUCGUUCAUGUCUCCAUAACAUUGAGAAUAUAUUUAUCUCUGUGAUGAUUUAAAAGAAACUUUUUACUUUCAUGCAUAUUGGUAACGAUAUGUAAAAAUAUUAAAAUUUUUAUCUUUGAUUUAUCUAAAACUAUUUAACUUUCAUGGAUGCUGGUUGAUAGAUAAGGAUGAAUCUGAUAUUAUUUCGUAUAUUUUGAUCAUUUAUAUAAAACAUUCAUGUAUAGUAGUUGAAUUAGUAAAAAUUAUUGAUCUCCGUGAGGAUUUAGAUAGAAUUUUCAUGCUUGCUGGUUGAAUAGUGAGCAUAAACGAGAAAAUUACUUAUAUUUGUGAUGAUUUAUGUGAGAACUUACCUUCAUACUGAUUGAACGGUGAGCAUUAAUCGGAAAAUUGUUCCAUUCUGUGAUAAUUUAAAAGAAACUUAUAUGCCUAUUGGUUGAACGAUAUGCUUUAAUGUGAAAGUUUUUCAGAUCAAUGGACACGAAUUAAAUUGAAAUAUUUCUAAAAAUGGCACGUUUACCUUCCUUCAACAGUUUUUUCAACUGCGAUUUCUUCAGACAAUCCAGCGAUGAAGUCAGUCUCGCUCUAGCAUCAUCGCUCUUCACGGUUGCUAAGGAAAAGUUACUGAAUUUAUGCGAAGAUGCACCGAGAGAUGAUACCAUGGCGGAUUUUGACCACAAGUUAGAAAUGACGAAAGGGAAUUUGAAAAGGAUUAUAAGAACUUUCAAUCACGCGAGCAGAGCAACUCCAGAAUUUCUGCAGAGCUGUCCCACCUGGGCAGUGUCUCGAAAAAAUACAAUAGCUGAAUUACGGAGAUUGGCCAAGAAGAUUAAUACUGACAGACGUAAUUGUAACUCUGCCAAAGUUGGAUCGAGUUCAAUUGGCAUAAUGGGAGGUCUGGUGGGAGUCUCGGCAUUCAUCUUUCCACCUGCAGCCAUGAUUCUUGGAAUAGUUGGCUUAGCAACAGCCGUUGUAGGUGGGGCUGCAACAUUUGGUACCUCUGUCACGGAAAUCGCUCUUCUAAACAAAAGCAUAAAAAAGGCAACAAAUGUCUUAAGAAACGACCAAGACACUUUCAAAAACAUGACGCCCUGGUUCCAACAUGCUCAAGACCUAAUAACAUUAAUCGAAACAGUCAUUGGAUUUGAUGUUGCCAAAGAAGUUUAUAGAAACUUCACAGAUUGCAAUGAAGACAUUGCGAAGUUGACUGCGCUAGAAAAUGGCGAGGUUCAUCCCAAACUCAAGGAAUUAAUUGAAGAUUGCGUUGAAAAAACAGCGCCAUCUGGAAUGAAGGGCAUUUUAAACGAGAAUAUGUUACUGAUUCCGGCCGUCGUAGCUUUCUUUUUCGUCGCCAUUUUGUUACAUAGCAAAAAUAACUUAAUACUUGGCAGUGUUGUUAGAUCUCACCGUCUGGUUUUAGGUUUGAUAAAGAUUCUAGAUCUUGGGAGUGACCUGGGCAUGACCAUUGCCAGUGUAGCCAUGAAAACUGGUGUUGUGGUCACUAAAGAAGUAUCUCAGGCAACAGCAAGAAUGGUGGCCCAGAGUGCUUUGUUCGGAUUCGGAAUCGUUUUGGAUGUCGCCAAUUUAGUGAUAACUACGAUCGACAUUCGCAAAGGAUCCAAAAGCACGAAAGCGAAUGAUAUCAACGCUAUUGCUGACAGAAUGGAAAAUGAACUGAAUGUCUUGGAAUCCAUUUACAAAGAACUCGGUGGAAAUUCAUUUUAGAAUAUUGUUUACAUGCGUCACAUUUUCAUCGUCAUUAAAUGUUCAUGUUCUUAAGAGCAACUUUUUAGUUUUUAGAAUCAUUAUCGAUUCAGAUUCAAAUUUAUUAGAAGAUUAAUAUAGAUUAUCACAUUAUUUAAAGAGUUUUGAAUAACAGGUUCCCAAGGCACGUUUGCAGAUACAGAGUUGCUACGAUCUGGGAAAAAUUACAAAAUGGUAACUUAUGUGUCUCUAAAAUGUGACAAUUGGGAAUGGGGGGGGAGGAUUUGAUGGUAUAACGGUGCCACGUUUAUUUAGAUGUCGAAUUUCAGAGAAAGUAAUGACAAAAUUUUCAGGUCUAAAAUUUUUGACGUAAUGAAAGAGGAACAUUUCUAUAGUAAAAAAAUCAAGUCAUCUUUACCUAAUAUUUCUUUUUAAAAUUUAAAUAACUAAAAUAAUAAUAACUUAAAAGCCCUUAAUAACAAAUUUUAAACCUUUUUUUUGUGAUUUAUAAUUGAUAUAAGAAUUUAAAGUUAUUUCAACAAAAUAAAUUUAAAAAAAAAACAUUAAGUACGUAAUUUCUCAAGAAUAAUUCGAAAUACUAAAACAUUUCUUUGAAGUAUUCGAUUUAAUUCAGUUAAAACUUUUAUUUAUGGGUUUGGAUAUUUAAAAAAAUUAGGAAACAUUCAGAAAUAAAUUUUUAACCGAAGCUAGUUGGUACUGGUUUUUUUUUUCAAAUAAAUUUCUAAUAAUUUAAAUCAGAGAAUGAAAUUUCAGUUCUGAAUAUACCACCCAAACUAAAAGUUAUGCUCAUCUCAAUUUUACAUGCAUGAAAAUUUAUUUAUAUUUUUCAAAAUAUUAACAUACGAAAUUUUGGGGGGCUGAAAUCGUGAAAGAAAGUAGAAACUUAAAAAUCAAAACGCAUAUAUUGCAAUAAUAAUAAAACAGUAUCUCAAUAAAGUCGCGUUAAGGUCUUUAUGCUUCCGGAAGCAAUAGUAAUUUAUUUUAUACCCGUCGUUAAACAGCCGAUCCAAUUUUUUGGGUUUGAGACAACUAAUGUUCAACUGCUUAUCCUUGUAAUUUUGAAGCCAAUUCAGGAGACAAGGAAACUCAAGGAUCAAGUAUAGGGAGCAAUAUGCAUGCGUGGAGGAUAUUUUUGUAGGAACUAUCCCGUAUUAGCGUUACAUCAAGAGGAAAACCACUCACGGUUAGUCUGAAGACAAGAAGACUCUAACCCAUGAUCUGUCUACCACUGAAGAUAUUUUACUUCACUGUGAUCGGUGUGAGCUAGGAUUUGAACCCGGUUCACCUCAUUAAAAUGCGAACGCUCUAUCCUCUGAGCCACCACGGCUGUAAGCAAUAGUAUUGUACUAAUAAAGAGGAUGACUCACCAUUUUUUUAAAAUUAUAAGUAGAAAAAUAAUGCUUAUUUCAAAAAGCACUUCCUCGACUUGAUUCUGAUAAGCGCGUGGAAUUAAGCACAUUAAUUAGAUUGAAACUUAGCAUUUUAAUGUAUGAAACUUACUCCGAAAAGAUAAGACUUAUUCUGAUUUUAUUAAGUCUCUGAAACAUCCACACAUCAUUCUUCGUUAUUGUUUUUAAAUAUAUUUCCCUACUACAAAGUGCUUUGUUAUGACGUAUAUAAUUCGCUAACGAAAUGCGAAUUCACGAAUAAAUGAAUGAAUGACCCUUGGCCCCAAAAUUAUCGUAUUUCACACUCUUCGUUCGCAAAAUAAUUAAUCGCCAAUGGCUAGUCGAAGACAGGAAAUAUCUGAUUCUGAACCAUUAAUUCCGAUUAAAUUACGCUUCAUUUUCUGCACUUUAAUUCUGAUUAAAUUACACUUAAUUUAAUUACCAAUAAUACAUCACUGCAAUAUUCAGCAUACAUUUAUGUUUUUAUGUAUACAAUAAAUGUCGUGUAAAUACCUAAAUUAUUCAUGUAGAUCUGAGUCAAUGAUAUGUUGAUAUUUAUGUAUAUAGAUGUAAUUUAUGAUAUGUAUGCAUUUAUGUAGGUACCAGUAAUACAUAACUACAAUAUUUCAUACACAUUCUUAUUUAAUACAAAAUAAUUUUAUGUUAAUGCAAAGUAAAUUGUAUAUUUAUGUAGAUAAAGUUUUGUCUUUAAAUAACUUUUUGUAUCAGGAAUUUUCAAAAUGUGGGAUGAGGUGUAUUUCAAGUUUUUCAUAAGUCUUCAAAUCUAAAACACUUUGCGGUAGAUGACGAUGUUCCGUAAACCAUUGGUGGUCUAUGAGAGAAUUGUUUAUGUCUGCUGAAGAAUUGUUAACGAACUAAGAUUUUUACUUUGGUAGCAAUAACCAAAUAUUUUGCCUCCGAGCCGGUGAAAAGAUUGGGCAGUUCUCACUCACGAAAGGCAUCAAAAUGUGUUCGAUUAAUUUAAAAAAAUGCCAGAUGUAAAAAUAUGCCUUUGCAAAUUUUAAAUACUUUUUUUAUAUAUAUUUUAUAGAAUAUUUCUCAGUUGAAAAUAAAAAAAUUUA